AUGGCUACUUUUUUUGAUGGUAAAAAAUCAUUCGCUGAUGUUCCAGUUACUGAUGGAAAAAUUGAUACUGCUAGCUUCUUGGAAGCUUCUGAAGCUUUGGUCAAAUUAUUUGACUUAUUAGGAUCAUCUGCAUUUGCAGUUGUUCAAAAAGAUAUGACUGGUAAUAUUGGUAAAGUUAGAGCCAAGUUAUUACAAGAUCCAUCAAAUGCUUCUACUUUACAAGAUUUAAUCUUAUCAGAAGCUAAUACUAAGACUAAAACUGCUACUCAAGGUUUAUUAUGGUUAUCUCGUGGUUUACAAUUCACUGCCCAAGCCAUGAGAGAAACCGUUGAUGCUCCUUCAAAAGAAUUGACCGUCACCUUCACUGAUGCUUAUACUAAAACUUUAUCCAAGUACCAUGGUGUUUUAGUUAAACCAGUUUUCAAAUUAGCAAUGAAAGCCUGUCCUUACAGAAAAGAUUUUUUUGAAAAAUUGGGUUCUGACCAAGAUAAAGUUGCCCAAGAAUUAGCUACUUGGUUGGCUGCAUUAGAAGAAAUUGUUAAGAUCAUCAUGGAUUUCUUCGCUUCUGGUAAUUACGGUAAAGCAGUCAUUUUGAUUGUGACUUAUUCACAUGUGGUAACUUUGCUACUGUUAGAUUCGUAUCCAGUUAAAAUAAAUGAUAAGAUUGAGCUAUUGAAGUCCAAAGUCCAUUAUGAUAAUGAUCCAUUACCACCACUUAAUGCGCACGAGUUGGAAGGGUACGAAGGGGGAUCCCAAAAGCAAAAUCCAAAAGAGAUUGAAAAGACCGAACGGCCCAAAGAUAAGCCAAAAGGAGAAGAAAAAGAGUUAGAAAAGGAUAAUAGACCAAGUAAAAUGUCCAUGAAAGAGUACGUUUUCAAUAUUAAAGAUAUUGAAAAAGGUCAAUCACAUUUUUUGCAGGAGGUUGAAUUUGACAAAAUGGGCCAAUUCGAAAGUUAUGGUAUCAAGUUCAAUAAUAAAGAAGUAGGAAAAGCUUCCAAAGGUCAAAUAAAUAUAACCAUUCCUGAAUAUGAUCCUUUUUAUAAACGGGAAAAUGCAACCUUUUUCUCUUUAGUGAGAAAUGAAGAUUUUGUUGGAAUGAUUGAAGCUAUUGAAUCUGUUGAAGCAAGAUUUAACUCAAAGUAUCAUUAUGAUUGGGUUUUUGCCAAUGAUAAACCUUUCCAUCCUACAUUUAUCAAAGUGGUUCAGUCCCUUGUAAGUGGACAAGCUCAUUUUGUUGAGAUCCCCAAAGACUAUUGGUCAUCCCCUAAAUGGAUUGAUCAAUCAAAGGCUGCUGAAGUUAGAAGACAGAUGAAGGAAGCCAAAAUUAAAUACGGGGAUUCUGAAGCUUACAGACACAUGUGCAGAUUCAAUGCUGGUUUAUUCUAUAGACUACCGAUAAUGAAAAAUUAUAGAUUUUAUUGGAGAGUUGAACCAGAAAUUAGGUUCAACUGUGAUAUAUUCGAAAAAGAUUGGUUCAAAUAUAUGAAUGAGAAUAAUAAAAAGUAUGCUUUUACGAUGGCUCCUUUAGAGCUACAUACAACUGUGGUUGGGUUAUGGGAUACCGUUCAAAAGUUUGCUAAAAAAAAUAAGAAACUCAUUGCUAAAGAUAAUAACAUGGGGUUUUUAUCCGAAGAUGGUGGAACUACUUACAAUAUGUGUCAUUUUUGGUCUAAUUUUGAAAUUGGUGAUAUGGAUUUUUACCGACUGGAACCUUAUAUGAAAUUUUUCGAUUUGAUUGAUAAAGAAGGCGGAAUUUAUUAUUCAAGAUGGGGUGAUGCUCCAAUUCAUUCGAUGGCCGUAUCUUUACUAUUAAGUAAAGAUGAAUUAUUAUUCCUAGAAAAUACCGGAUACUACCAUAAGCCAAAUGGUGAUUGUCCUCAUAACCCAGAAAUAAAAUCUGCUAGAAGAUGUGCAUGUAUAGCCGUGGAUGAUUUUACCUGGGAUAAAAGCUCUUGUAUCCCAAAAUGGUUUGAAAUUCACAAUUUUGAAAAGCCAGAUUAUGCUCCCAAAUACAAAUUUGUUAAUCAACAUCAUCCUCCCGAAGAAAAGGAAACCGAAAAUGAAGAUGAUGAUUCUCAUCUUCUCGAAGACGAUAAUGAAUAA